AUGCGACUUUUCACUUCAUUUUUACUUUUCCUCAUUUAUAAAGGAGGUCGGGCAAACGAAAAUCCCGAAGAAAUCAGCGAAUGCUUGAAGAAAUGCCUGACACCCAUGGCAAAACUGGAAAGAAGCUUUUCUUAUGUAUUUAACAAUUUUGAAAAGGUUUGCGAUUUGCUCGAAGAUUCCGCAUUCUGUGCCAGAAAGUGUAGUCAGGAGGAUCAGAGGAAGUUCUACCAGUACACAACGUUUUAUAGAAUUUAUUGCGUUGAUUAUGAGGAAGAACUCCAAGAGCAUUUGACUUGCAUCGCAAAAGCGGCGAAAGAAGCGGACAAUGUGUGCAAAGACAAAUGCCGAAAUGCGCAUAAAGUGGAGAAGACGGCGUCGAAAGAGGCCCGAAUGAAGAAAGAUUGCUUGACGAUUGAAUGUACAACGAUCUGCUACUUUGAUGAGUUGGCUGAGGAAUGCCCAGAAGCUAAAGACGCCUUAAUGAAGGUCAAUAUUGGUCAGAUUCACUCUUUGACCGCUUCCAUUCAUCCGUUGACUAUGGAGAAGAUGGAGCCAGAAUGCCGCAAUAUUCAUAACACCGACUACAUGAGAACCAAAUUGCAAUCAUCGACAUCGUCUUUGUUGCUUGACCAUAAUGGAAAUGAGAACACUGAAACUGAACAGUGA